AUGGCCAUGGUGUCUGCAAUGUCCUGGGUCCUGUAUUUGUGGAUAAGUGCCUGUGCUGUACUGCUCUGCCAAGGGUCCCUUCAUCAAACAUUUCAGCAGCAUCAGCAUCUGCCCAGACCAGAAGGAGGAACAUGUGAAGUUAUAGCAGCACACAGAUGUUGUAAUAAGAAUCGAAUUGAGGAGAGAUCACAGACGGUAAAGUGUUCCUGUCUACCGGGGAAAGUGGCUGGGACAACACGGAACAGACCAUCAUGUGUUGACGCCUCAAUAGUCAUCGGGAAAUGGUGGUGUGAGAUGGAGCCCUGCCUAGAGGGUGAGGAAUGCAAGACAUUACCUGACAAUUCAGGAUGGAUGUGUGCAACUGGCAAUAAAGUCAAGACCACCAGAAUUCAUCCGAGGACUUAA